AUGACCAGCUAUUUCCCCCCAGCUGGGGCCAUUCCCAGUCAUAAUUCGACCAGGACGCCUUCUCCAGCAGCUUCCCCUUUGUCUCCGCCAGCUACGCAACGAUCCAAUGCCUUGACCAACCGUUUGACAAGUGUACUCUCCGCUUCUUAUGCGGAUUCAGACAUACGCGAUGCGCUCGAGACCCUCAGCCUUCGGGGUAUACAUAAUACCCCAGAGGUGCGACGACAACUGCGGCUGGAUGUACAGCAGGAAGUGGUCGAUUGUAACGCGGAGAUUGUGCGGGACUUUGGGAAGGUUGCGGAGCAAUUGAAACGAAUCGGUACGGUGAUUACCAGCCUUAACCAGACAUGCGAAGAAAUGCGAAAGCACAUUGGACUGGCGAGACAAGACACCGCCCCCAUGCUGGAGGAGGCUUCUGCGCUGAUGAACCAGAAGAAGGAGGCCGAGACGAAACAACAGCUGCUUGAUGCCUUUACGAAACAUUUUAUCGUUUCUGAUGAUGACCUUCUGGUCUUGACUUCUAUCGAGGACCCGAUCGAUGAUCAAUUCUUUGACGUGCUUGCCCGUGUGAAGCAGGUGCACCGCGAUUGCGAAGCUUUGCUGGGCGGAGAGAAUCAGCGAUUGGGCCUGGAACUCAUGGAGAAGAGCACAAGGAACCUCAACUCCGCUUACCAAAAGCUGUACAGAUGGAUCCAGAAGGAGUUCAAAUCGCUCAACCUGGAAGAUCCCCGGAUCAGUAGCUCGAUCCGACGGGCGCUGCGGGUACUGGCGGAAAGACCGAGCUUGUUCCACAGUUGUUUGGAUUUCUUCGCAGAGGCGCGUGAUUACACCCUCUCUGAUGCCUUCCAUUACGCUCUUACGGAUGCAGUUUCCGGUGCUGCAGGCGAUAGCAAUGUGAAGCCGAUUGAGUUUUCUGCUCACGACCCUCUGAGGUACAUCGGAGACAUGCUCGCCUGGGUACAUUCGACUACAGUGUCGGAGCGGGAGGCCCUCGAAGCCCUUUUCGUGGCGGAUGGUGAGGAGCUUGCUAGGGGGAUCCAGGCCGGACUCAGUAGUGAGCCUUGGUCUCGUAUCGAGGAGCACGAGGAGGUCGCAUUUGACGGACAAAAGGCCCUUAGCGACCUUGUUAAUCGUGAUCUUAUUGGAGUCUCUCGAGCUUUACGGCAGCGGGUCGAGUUGGUUAUUCAAGGCCACGACGAUCCGGUUACCUGCUACAAGGUCAUCGGUCUACUCUCCUUCUACCGGACGACCUUCUCGAAAUUAUUGGGACCCAAUUCUAACCUAGUAGAAUUGCUGGGAACCCUUGAAAAAUUCACUUUCGGCCACUUCGAGGCUCUUAUGAAAGAUGCAGUCAGCAGUUUGUCAGCCGAUCAUUUAGCCCUGACUCCUUCGGAGGAUCUAUCCACGCCCCAGUUCUUGGUCGAGGCACUUGAAGGCUUGACUUCUCUGAUGAAGACCUAUGAAGCUUCCUUUGUAACCGAUGAUAUGCAGUCCAAGAACGAAAACCGAUUCACUCCUGUUCUCCGUGCCGCAUUUGAUCCGUUCAUGGAAUUGGCGAAAUCCUCAGCAGAGGAGCUGUCUAAUUCCACCGCGCGUGCCAUCUAUCUGACCAAUAUCCAUCUUACGACACGCACGACCAUUUCUGCAUACUCAUUUGCUAGUGUCACACAUUUGAACCCUAUCUCUACGGCCCUUGCUUCCCUCCGGGUGAAUCUGCUAGAGAUCCAAAUUGAUUAUCUUCUAGAUGCCUCAGGCCUUCGGGUCUUGCUCACAGCACUUGAGCCCUUCUCCAAACCAUCAUCAACGAAUGUGGCACCGACUAAAACAGAGAAACAGAACUCCCACCCGCCAGAAAAUCAGCCACAGCAACAACCUAAUUUGGCUGACAUCGCGACUCUUCCAGCCUUCCAGCCUGAAGCUCUGAUCGCGAUCAGCCAGCAACUUGACGAUUUCCUCCCAUCGGCCCUGAUGGACGCCACGGAUAACCUGAAGCGCCUGCGCAGUGCCACAUUUGUCAAGAGCGUGACGGAGGAAGCGGUCGAGGCGUUCUGUCGGGACUUCGAAUUUGUCGAAGGUAUGAUCAUCGGUGCGGACGAGGCAAGAGGCAAGAUCGAUGUUACACGCGUGGACAGGGGGAGUGAGGCAGGCGCUGAGAGCGAGAAGGGCAUGGAGGAGGGAGAGGGUGAGUGGGGAUUGAGAAGACUGUUCCCCAGGACAACGGGCGAGAUCCGGGUAUUGUUGAGUUGA